CGUACUGUCAAAUCGAGCUGAUGAACAGUGAACAAUCAGGGGUUCUUCGGACCUGCUGUAAACACGUACCAAUCGUAACGGGAAUAUCGUAAGCAUAAUUGUGCGCAAAGUAUGCUCUGUUGCUGCUGUUGCUGCAUCACACAGGUGUUAAUCGUUCACUAAUCCAGGCGCAUAACUUACCAUCAGAACGAACGUUUGCAUACCGAUGCUCUCACGGAUUCCAGAAGGGAUUCCAAGUGAUCGUCGCCGUACUCUGCUUUUUUUUGCGCACACCGCGUCGGCUUGUUGCUGGUGCAUAACGAGAAGUGAAAUCUAAUUGAACGGAGCAUACCUGUACACACAGCGACGACUACGACGACGACGACGUCAACACGGCUACGUUGCCUCACACAGAAAGAUGGUUGGUCGACGAUCGCUUGGAGGGAUCCGUACAGGGGGUACGAAGAAGGAAGAAAUACUGUUAAACGUUCAGGUGAACGGCGAUGACGAGAUCGAUCUGGUGCCCGUCACCAAGCAAAAGGAUUACCGACGCAGCGCAUCCGGCGUCGACGAUCGGGACGGCGAUGAGGAGGAAUCGGACGAGCUGUCGGACAAUCCGGACUCCGAUCCGGACCUGCUGGAGACGGAGGACGGCCGGCUGAUACUGGACAUGAAGCGCAGCAAGUACUGUGGCAAGUGUAAAAAGCUCUUCAAAUCGUCGGCGGAAAAGAAAGACCACAAAUACAAGUGCCCGGGCGUGGUGGAUGAGGUGCAGGACGUUAUACUGAAGGAGCGCAAGGCGGCGAAGCACGCGAACCCGGGCGAAGAGUUCCACAAGUACUGCAACCCGAACCCGGACAAUCCGUGCUACUGCUGCGGGGAGGAUGUGAGCACCGCCCACGUCGGCCACAUUCGGUGCAAGUUUUGCCCGAAAUCGUUCAAAGCGUACGAGUACAUGGAGCGGCACCUGAGCUCGGUCCACUCCGAGUCGGACGCGUUCCCGUGCGGCUACUGCAACGCCAAGUGCAGCACGCAGUCGGUGCUGGACGAGCACGUGAAGACGCACGACGAGGGCAAACCGUUCGCGUGCAUGGCGUGCGGGAAAGAUUUCACCCGCCGCUACCAUCUGGACCGGCACGAGAAGCACACCAAGUGUGGCACGGUCACGAAAGAGAUCGCGGUGCUGCCGUGCGAGGUGUGCGGGAAGGAGUUUACGCGCAUCGACAAUCUGCGCGAACACUUGCGCUCCCACAUGGGACAGGGCGCCCGGAAGCGCGACUACCAGUGUCCGUACUGUGCGAAAUCGUUCUACGGCUCGUCGCUGCUGAACAUACACAUCCGGACGCACACGGGCGAGAAGCCGUUCCCGUGCGAUCUGUGCCCGAUGUCGUUCCCGUCGACCGGUGCGCUGCGGAAGCAUCGCCGCAAGCAUACGGGCGAGCGGCCGUACCGCUGCGACGAAUGUUCUGCCACGUUUGCGGCGCGCGAAACGCUCAACCGGCACCGGAAGACGCACACGGGCGAGAAGCCGCACGAGUGUGACCAGUGCGGCAAGCGGUUCAUCCAGGCCACGCAGCUCCGGGCGCACGUACUGACGCACAGUGGCGAGAAUGCGUUCCAGUGUAGCGAAUGCGACGCGUCGUUCAACCGGAAGGCGCGACUGAACGACCACAUCAAGUUUACACACCGGGGUGAACACCCGCACGAGUGCGACCAGUGUCCGAAAACGUUCCUGCGCAAGGAGGAUCUGGCGCGCCACCUGCUUAUCCAUGCGGAGAGCAAGCCGUUUGAAUGUUUGGUGUGCAAUAAGUUUUUCACCACCAAGCAUGCAAUCCAGCUGCACCAGCGAACGCACGACGAGGACAAUCCGGUACAGUGCAAGGUUUGUUCGGGGACGUUCAAGCGGGAAGACUGCUUGCUGCGCCACAUGCGCUCGAAACAUCGUGACUACUUGGACCAAAUCAUCGAGGACACCGAGAAGGAAAAGAUGAAAAAGCUGAUCGCCAAGCGGGACGCGGAAAAGGAGGCAACGGUCGAAAUUGACGGCGCCGUCUAUCAGAUCACAACGAUGGAGGACAAUCCAGCGCAGACGGUGGAAGUGUUCGAGGUGGUGGAGAUUCCGGCCAGCACUGGAAAUGCGACGCCCAUCGCGCUGCCUCCAACCACCUCGGUCCCGUACGACCUGCUGCCGAUCACGGAGGAUACGGAGGUCAUUUUAGGUGCAAACGAAGAAGUGGAAUUUAUUGACAAAUUGAAGACGCAAUCCACCAUACUACCACCGGCAGUGGUAGCCGCGAAGAGUGUGAAAAAGGAAAAAGAUUCGCUGAAGGAAGUAAAGCUGCUGCCGGUCCCAGCGAUCGUGACUGUUGCAGCCGAACCCUUACGUACAAAGCCAGUGGAGCCAGUGGUUGUUGCGACCACCGCUAAACCGAAGGAAGCAAAGGUUGUGAGCAUUAAGGCCAGUGACGUGAUCUCACCACCGAAACGGCAAAGCGUUCCGAGCGUCCCGAAACCGAGCGCAAGUGCUGCAACCGCACAACAAAAGCCGGAAGCUGUAACGCCCCAUUCGGCAAAGGAGCUACCGACGAAGGCGGCAACUCCUUCCCCGAAGCAAACGAAAGAGCAAUCGACCGUGCUGGCGGUGGAAAGUGUGAAGCGUGUCAAGCCAGAACCACAAGUGUCACCGCUACCCGUAGUACCACCGCUGGCAGCUCCGCGUCCGAAAGAAGCAAAGUCAAAGCCGCUGCCGAUGCCGGAGGAACCGAAAGCGAAGCGUAAACGUGAAUCAAAAUCGUCCACAACGCCGAAGCGUGCGCGCGUGAUGGAUGAGGACAGCAUACCGAUCUUCCUGAGCGAUGAUAUGCUGGAGCAAAAGAUUUCGGAACUGCUGCAGAUGCUGAUGGGCGACGACAUGCUGACCAGCUUUGGCUGGCCGGACGCACCGGUGGAGGAGGUGCUGGGCCGCGUCAUCCGGGGUUGCGGACAUCAGCCGGCAAAGGGCGAGGAGGUCGGCGACCAUACGACGCGCAUGCGGGAGAACACGAAAAUACUGUUCUCCGUUACGAUGGACGACGAAGACAUUAAGGCGCUGCUGAACAAUCACACGGUCGAUGAGGUCAUCAUGCAUGUACUGAAGAACAAAUGAUGAUGAUGGUGGUGGUGGGUCGGUGGCUUUCCGCCCAAGCGCGAAACGAUGUCAGCGUGACCUGUACGUGUUAGGGAGCGUCUUUAGUAGAGAGGGUUUUCAACGGCAUUCGGUAAGGUGCAAUUGGUUAAAGUUUUACGAGAGUUUUUACUACCUUUUAACAUCCAGCAGCGAGAUUUACACCCUUGUGGCCUUCCAAAGACCUUAUUGCUACACAACUGUAAGGUUAUUGAGAGUAUUUUUUUUAUUAUUAUUCACCGAAGAUUAUACUAUUGGAUUGUAUUGUAGAGGGAUACAAUAAAUGUGAACUGAU